AUGGUGAGAGCAAACAAAUGCGUUGUCGAUAGUCUGACAGAAGGAUUGAUAGUUGGUCGAAGUGGAGUUCGUGAUGGCAGAAGGAAGUACGACAGGCACCUACCCAGCACGAUCACCCAUGUCUGGCUCCACUACGGGACAUUCCAGCUCCAGUCAUCACAGAAACUAAAUAUCGUAGAAAAAGAGAAACGCAAGAACAACCUCAUCUUUUUUGGAAUACAAGAACUUGGCAAAACAGAAAUCGAACUGGUUGACUAUAUAAAAGACUCGAUAGAAGAUGCAGGUGUACAUUUGAACAGUCAAGAGAUCGCCAAUGUACAAAGAAUUGGUCGUUGGACGGGGAAGAAAAACCGCCCCGUAGUAGUAUCUUUCUGCUUAUGGAAAAAGCACCUAGUCAUGAAGAAUAAAACUAACUUGCCACAGGACAUCUAUAUCAAGGAAGACUUUCCCAAGGAGGUUCUCGAAAAAAGGCGCCAAUUAAAAAUUCAAGCCGAUGAAGAAAGGAAGAAGGGGAACAUUGCUUUCAUAAAAUAUGAUAAACUUAUGGUGAAAACACACUCAGAGGCAAGCCGAGACAAAAGAAAAAGAGAGGAUACCAGUUCACCAAAGGAGUCACAACAAAAGAAAACUACCACACAAACCAAAUCAGCACCGCAGCCUACCAAAACGAGUACAAACACAAUAGCGAAACCGGGAAUACUGAACUAUGUUGAGCGUACUAGAUCAGCCUCAUUAUCCGCCCUUUCAAAAAACUAA